AUGUUAUCGACCGUAUUGUCGUUUCGCACUCGGUCGUGCGGCUUCGCGCUGUACGGAACGCUCGUCAUCUUUCUUUGGACGAUCUUUUUGCCGACUAUAGCUGCUCAGACACCGACUGUAUCGAUAGAUCGCGCUCCAUCAGUGACCAUCCUCCCAUCAUUGAACGUGUCCGAUCCAUCUGUCAUCCUUGACUUACCGUCAGACACCCAGUCUCUCACAUUCAAUGUCCUCUCCCUCGGUAUCAACACCUCAAUCAUUCCCGAGAUUAUAGUCUCCACGGCUUCUCCACCGACCUUUGCGAUAAGUCACAAAGCAUUGGAAGAUACAGGAUCAGGCGGAUCGCCAGAUCAGGGGAAUCUGGUCAAUCGGAACGGAGAUACUUGGAGCUUGGAGUGGAAUUUGGGUUAUGCCAAUUGGACCAGUGACGGGUCGGAGACGAUUAGCUGUCUCGUGGGCUUCAACGUACAGGCCAACGGCUCGGUAAACGGACUAUCUAAUGAGAAUGGCAAUGUGAUCAUCGAAGUUGAAGUCUCAGCUUCAGGCCCCAUUCGUACUGUCACCUCGUCCUUCCUCUUUCUAGGCGAUACCACCUCCAACGCUGUCCUUCUCUUCUCUCCUCUUCUCAUCUCUGAUCCACGUGCUCAACCAACGUACCCGAACUACACCCUUCCGCCCGCGCAACUCCCUCUCGCUCCUCCAUCCGCCAGAUCGCCACAAGGCAAUCUCAACCUCAUCAUUGUCCCGACUGCGUCAUCUCCGACAGGUGAUGGACUCGAUUACUCGCUUGCUGCUAUUCGCAGAGCAAAUGCUUCUACCGGCCAUAUCGCUGCGAGCGAGAACAUGAUUAUUGACGCCUUGACCCAAUGGGUCAAUAUUGGUGAUCGGGAAGGUUAUAGAACCAUGUGGGUCGUAGGAAACCUAUUGGCAGAUACAAAUUAUACAGCUUGGGCGGUGGAUGAUUCCGGUGUUCUCACACGACCCAUGUGGUUCGCGACGAAAGAUUCUUCAUUUCCCUGUCAAUUGGCUCUUCCGACCGAUAUCUGUCCUUCAGUGGGCUAUACCACACCGCUCGAGGCAAACGAAACGACUACAACCCUGCCCGGCUCAGAUAUUCCGGUGGCGAUGCCUCUCCGCUCAUAUCCCGAGAACAUCACUGCCCUUCUGACGUCCUCGCUCCAAUCCUUUUCAACGUCGCUCAAGACGACAGCGUGUGGACGAGAUCUCUAUUCCCACGUUUCAUCCUGUGCCGACUGCUAUGCUGCGUACCGAAAUUGGUUAUGCAGAGCUGUCCUGCCUCAUUGCGCUGGUAGCGCUUCGCCGAAUCCAAGCCAAGACAUUACGCCUCAGACGUUGACUCGAAACUCGAGUUCUCCACGAGAUAAUGGUGUCCCAUACACUUACGACUAUGACGAGCUGCUGCCGUGUCUCAACAACUGCGAUGCGGCGGAUCGCGCUUGCCCUGCAUUUUUGGUCUUCCGAUGCCCGGUCCGGCACAUCACUGGCCGACAAAGCUAUGCUUUCAUCGGCGAACACUCCAAAGACGGAGGCAAUGGUGACCCUGCCGUUGGGCCUGCACCUCAGAGCCAAUGGGGAUGGAGGUGGUGCAAUGGAUGA